GACACAAUGACAUGGAGAGCUGGUGCUCCAUAGUUUCUACUCGCUCUGGCAGCGUGGCCUGGUGACCUGGCGUGGCUGUUCCUAGAAGGUUUAAAACCCAGCGGCAUUUAAUGCCGUGAGACGCAACCUUUCUUGCAAUCUUAUUCAUCCGUAUUUCUAGCUCAUCGAAGAAUGGACCCGAGUUCAGCCCCAAACUGUCCUCCGUCAAUGGCCCGGAGCGGUGAGGACUUAUCCCGUGCUUUCCGGAAUUUGCCGCCGGGGACGUUGGCAGGCCUGGACGCCCUUUGCGACCACAGCUAUUGGUUGUCAGUCAUGCGUCAAGCGGAAAUUGACAUCAGCAACGAGGAUAUUUUUCGAUUCAGGUUUGGGGAGAUAAGCAAAACGGCGUCCAAUCGACUGGCUUUCCUAGCCGGCAGCGGCGAGUUUGGGAAUUUCAACCUGCGCUAUCUCAUCCAGCAGCUUGUGGAGCAAUGCUCAGACAUGCACAGCUACACUCGCAAGCUGGAGAAGUACGUCGUGAAGCUGCAGCGGCGGGUUGAGGAGCUCGAGCAGCAGCCACAGCAGCAUCAGGAAGGCGGUGGCCUCGGCGGCGGCUCACAGCUCCCAGCCGGGCUCUCCUCCGCCUGCAUGCCGCACCCGCCGCCGCCGACCUACCCCCGACCGGACACGUCAACCCUGGUCGCAGCGGCUGCAGCAGCUGCAGCUGCAGCGGGGCACAGCGGCCGCGGGGAGGUGGGGCUGCCGCUGCUGCCGCCCCCCGGCAAGCGCCCCCGGGCCCAGCCGCUGUCGCCCCCAGGGUCAGGGGAGGCGGCUGGAGGGGUGGCGGCAACGCGCAGUUCUGGCGGCGGUGAGGAGUGACGAGAGGGCCUGCUAGCAGCUGUGAGAAAGGCAAACAUUUGCAAUCGCAAUACCAGCAGGACCGUUUUGACGCAUCUCUGCCCUGCGUUCGGUAGACACGAAAGAGAGUGGGUUUUGGAAGGAGGCUCUGCUCUGAGAAGUUUGGCUCUGGCAACAAGAUUGAAUGAAUGGGAAACGGAAGGUCAGAACAUGUGCCAUCCAUAUCGUAAAGGUAUUAGUACAAGAUAUUAGUUUUUCGCAAAAUCCAAAUAACGUUGACUUAGAUAUUCGGAGCUGGUUUGAUGUGUGCCGGAAAGGCCUUUGCAGUGGCAUGGGCCCCUCUGGUGGUGCUGUGUACGGGUCAGCGCUGGGUCACAUCGUUGCUUGCAUGGGCCCUACGGCUAGUAACAUUCGGAUGUCAUGCAAGUUAACAUCGCAAAUGGUGCUCAUGUUGAGAAGGGGAGGAGUUGAGGUAGGGGGCGGAGGAGACCUUGUACAAGCUCAAGAGGCAACGGGGAAAGCUUGGACAGGAGUGGCGGAAUUCGUUGUCUGGG